AGGCCAGAGCCGAGAGAGCCUCACGAACAGUAGUACUACGAGAUCGAUCCGAUUCGAUCCGAUCUGAUCUGAUCCGAUGUGUUUAGUUUUCGAACGCACCGUAAAGAAGAACGUCGCGAACGCCAUUUGAUUACUCUCGCAUUUCGGCGAACAAAAGUAUAAUUAUAAGAACUUUUCAAGUGCUCCCAUUCACCCAUUCACACCCCCACAAAACCGAACCUCUGUUUGGUUGGAAUAACUAAACGCCCACAAGAACAUUGGAACCUACCUACGCCUCCUCCCAAAACCCCCAAUACACUUUUGUAGCAUCCGAAGUGUCGUCGGGUUUCCGACGGCUGUAUGGUGUUGUUGUGGUCGUGUUACCGCGUUGUUAGCCAGGUCUACGAGUACUUUUACCUGUUGCCUUACCCUUUUUGUGCGUCGGUCAAGCGCCUAUAUAAACAAGUGCUCUCAACGGAUUUGCGUUUAUUCUGCAUUGUCACACCUAACGCUCAAGAUUCCCAAAGCGGAGCAAGAAAAAAAGAACACUUUCAAUCUGAAUUAUUUUAUAUAUUUUUUUGGAAAUUUCAUAAAUUUCAAUAGACAAAAAGUACCACAAUACUUAGUAAAAAAGUACAUUUACAGUAAAAAAGUACAGUUACAGUGAAAAGUGCUGAAAAGAGAAGAAAUAACCUUGAGAAAUAAGGAUUUGAAAAUUUCUUUAAAAGAACUUGAAUUACUUGAAAAGGAAUUGAAUUUUGAAGAGUACAUGAUGUCCACAACGUGCGGCUGCUCAAUCGUCCAGUGGGGCAUUGCCAUUGUGUUGCUGUCAGUCGCUACCGGGCCAGGAUAUGCCAUGCCACGUACUGGGCUGCCAACGCAGUUGUUGUUCAGCGAACUGCUUGGAGCGGGUAAUGAGGACAACACCUAUUAUGGCGAGCAACUGAAGUAUCAGCACCAGCAACAGCAGGAACAGAAACAGCAACGACUGCAUUCGUUUGCCAGGAAAUGGCCUUCGCUGAGGGAUCUGCUGCUGACCGCUGACUACGAGGACCUUGGCGUACCACAGGACAGCAAUGAGCGAGAAGUGGUCACCAGUUCCCGUCUCCUGGCGCGUCUGCACAAGCUCAGCGAGAAUGGAGGCGGCGAGGAGUUGCGCUACAACCUGGUCAACGACUUAACUGAAAUGCCCUCCAAGAAGGUGGUGUCCAGUCCUUCUCUCAAGGAGCACAACACCAAAAAGAAUGUGCAAUUUCGUAAACAAUACAUGUCGCCGUGCCACUUUAAGAUCUGCAACAUGGGCCGCAAACGCAAUGCCGGCUCCUAUGUACCCUACUGAAGCGAUCUGAAGAGCAAAACCCCCCCAAAAAAAACUGAAAAGUAAACCCCAUCUCCACCCUAAAAAAAAAACAAAAAUGGAAAAACCAAAAGCAGCCAAAGUAAAAUAAAAGCAGAAAAAUUAACAGAAUUUGCAUUAUCACAGAUUUGUGGAACGCGUUCAAAUGCCAAGUAUUGUCUAUUGAUUUAGUUUGAGAAUUAGUAAUUAUGAUUAUAAUGUAUUUUUAACAAAUGUCUCGACAUUUACACAAACAAACAAACACACACACACACACACACACACAAACACACAUUACACAACUCCAAAACACCUCUCCUUAGCGAUUGUGUCUCUCUUUCCCCCAUCCCAUAUGAACACUUACAAAGUAUUUCCAUAUUAGUUAUAUGAAUAUUAUCUAUGAAUUUUUUUGUAUUCGAAAUACAUUCAAUUAUAAUAACCAACAAAAUGUUGUUAGAUAUUAAGCAAAAACCUAUAUAUUACAAAAUAUUUAUUGAAAACAAACAAAAAAACAACAAAGAAAAACAAAAAUGAAUGAUAUAUUAUAUUGCCAAGUUUCCUGAAUAAAUAAAUGUUAUAUGAUUAUGGUAUUCAAAGACCCGAAAGGGGUCGCCCAAAAUAUUAUCGGAA